CGGAGCGGCGGCGGCGGCGCGGAAGGAGCCGGGAGCGGCGGCGGCGCGGGAAGAGCCGGGACCGGCAGCCGCGCUUUUGGGGGGGAGGAAGAGGCGAAGAGGCAGGAAACCUGUUAGAGGAGCCAUGUGCACCUCCAGGCUCUUCACGCUUGUCCUGGUGGUGCAGCCGCCCCGCGUCCUCCUGGGCAUGAAGAAACGUGGCUUUGGAGCCGGCCUCUGGAAUGGCUUCGGGGGAAAGGUGCAGCCAGGAGAGAGCAUCGAGGAGGCUGCUCGCAGGGAGCUCCUGGAGGAGAGUGGACUGACAGUGGACACCCUGCAGAAGAUGGGUCAGAUCACUUUUGAGUUCGUAGGCAACUCUGAACUCAUGGAUGUUCACAUUUUCCGGGCAGAUGACUUCCACGGAGAGCCAAGAGAAAGUGAGGAAAUGCGCCCACAGUGGUUCCAGCUGGAUGAGGUGCCCUUCAAUUGCAUGUGGGCAGAUGAUGCCUACUGGUUCCCCCUCCUGCUUCAGAAGAAGUUGUUUCGUGGCUAUUUUAAGUUCCAGGGACAAGACACUAUCGUGGAGCACACCCUGACAGAAGUGGAGGAAGUUUAAGAAAACAGAACCGCUCGACCCACGUGCUGCUGCCCGCAUUGGGGUGGAACACCAGGAGUGCUGCUUGGAGAGGUCUCCUUUCUCAACUCUCCAGCAAAGGAGACUCACUUGUCAGGUGACCAGGAAGAAAGGAAAAUCAGAGGGCUUCUUAGAGCAGAAAUAAAAGUAAUGAUAUUUUCCAUGCUGUGAAGUUCCUGCUGUAGUAUUACUUUAGUGGUUAUGUGAUUACUAUGAUGAAGGAUUUACUGUUAAACUUUUUCUUUGCAGGUGGUUGAUAUUUUAAGCCUUUUUGUUUGGAAAUGAUUAAAAUUAUUUUUCAGUAAAA